CCUUGGGCGCCAUCUUGGAUUUGGGGACAACUGGAGAGAGUGAGAGGGAGGGAGGAGGCGGAGGAACCGGAGGAGGCGAGCGAGGGGAGGGGGGGCCGGAUAGACCAAGGCCCCCCACCCCCACAGCAACCCCCUUGCUGUAUAGAGACUCCCCCUUUCCCCACCCCUCCGCCCCUUAGCGCUCCCCAGACCCUAUAGAAUUUCUUGGGCUCCUGUAGGACCAUCCCGCCCACCCAACCCUUCUUCCUCCCCCCCCCCCCCCCAAUUUCCUAAGAGGAGCUUUGUACGUCCUCCUCUGUUGGUGUCUCCCAGAUCCCUCGUUCUGUUCAUUCGCUGGCGUAGGGGCCCCUGUAGCUAACCGUGCCGUAUUAUCUAUAUAUGCAUAUGUAGAAGCUCCUUGUCACCUAGGAGAGGCUGCAACAACCCUCCUAGCCCACGUCACCUUCCCCUCCUUGCUUGUCCCUUAGCCCCCCUAGAGUCAUCUGCGGGCACCUUGUCUCCGGUAGCUCCCCCCCCCUCCAUUCUCUUACAGGAUUCCUCUUCUGCCUUCAUAAAGAGAUCUCAUAGCGCUGGAGCUGCUGGGAGACUCCCCUCCCAUCCUUUCACAGGGAUGCCCCCACCCUAUUCCUUUCAGUGAGGCCCCCCUCCGCCCCCAAAAGGCUUCACUUCUGUAGGCUCCCCUUUUCUGUAGGUCCUUUUUGUUCUUAGCUCCUCUGAAACCCAAGCCAAAGAGGUAAAGGCUGGAGAGACCCCGGAUGCCCUGUGUCUCCUGUCAGAGGGGGCUUCUUCAUUUAGGGGAGCCAGCGAUAGUUCCCUCUGAGCCCCUUCUUGGACUGGAGGAGCUGGAAAAGAGGAGGAAGUCGGGGGUGCCUUCCCCACCCCUAAUAUCCUGGAGCUGGAGCCUCAAGGGGGACAAUAUCUAGGCAGCUGCAAAGACUUACAGAUGGUUUGACAGGUCUGCAUUCGUGAGACAGGUUAGAAUGAAGGGCUGUCAUGGAGCCCCUUGGGAGUUGUAAUUCUGGUGCGGAGAGGGCUGCUGGAGUGAACACAGGGAGUGCAUUUCAGGAAGGUGAGAAGAAGAGCGAAGGUGAGGCCCAGCCCCUUGUGCCGCCACCAUGCCAUCUAAUGCCCGGGCUGGCAGCUUGAAGGACCCUGAAGUGGCUGAACUGUUCUUCAAGGAUGACCCUGAGAAGCUCUUUGUUGAUCUGCGGGAGAUUGGACAUGGCAGUUUUGGAGCAGUCUACUUUGCCCGAGACAUACGCAACAAUGAAGUGGUGGCCAUCAAGAAGAUGUCCUACAGUGGGAAACAGUCGAAUGAGAAAUGGCAGGACAUUAUCAAAGAGGUGAAGUUUCUGCAGAAGCUGCGGCACCCAAACACCAUUGAAUACAAGGGCUGCUAUUUACGGGAACACACGGCAUGGCUGGUGAUGGAAUAUUGCCUGGGUUCAGCCUCAGACUUGCUGGAAGUGCACAAGAAGCCUCUGCAGGAGGUAGAGAUUGCAGCCAUAACACACGGUGCUCUGCAGGGGCUGGCAUACCUGCAUUCGCACAACAUGAUCCACAGAGAUGUGAAAGCUGGGAAUAUCCUGCUGACUGAGCCAGGACAGGUGAAGCUGGGGGAUUUUGGCUCUGCCUCCAUCAUUGCUCCCGCUAACUCCUUCGUUGGCACCCCGUAUUGGAUGGCUCCCGAGGUGAUCCUAGCCAUGGACGAGGGGCAGUAUGACGGGAAGGUGGAUGUCUGGUCACUUGGCAUCACGUGCAUUGAACUCGCGGAGCGGAAACCACCCCUUUUUAACAUGAAUGCUAUGAGUGCCUUAUACCACAUCGCCCAGAAUGACUCUCCCCUGCUCCAGUCCAGCCACUGGUCUGAAUACUUCCGGAACUUUGUGGAUUCGUGCCUGCAGAAGAUUCCCCAGGACCGCCCAACCUCUGACGUGCUGCUCAAGCAUCGCUUCCUCUUGCGGGAACGGCCCCAAACCGUUAUCAUGGACCUGAUCCAGCGAACCAAGGAUGCCGUGAGGGAGCUGGACAACCUGCAGUAUCGCAAGAUGAAGAAAAUCCUUUUCCAGGAAGCACAGAACGGCCCAAAUGCAGAGGCUCCGGAAGAGGAGGAGGAGGUGGAGCAAUUCCUUCACCGGACAGGCACCAUCAACAGCAUGGAGAGCAGCCAUUCGGUGCCCAGCAUGUCUAUCAGUGCCAGCAGCCAAAGCAGCAGCGUCAACAGCCUUGCAGAUGCUUCCGAUGACGAUGACGGAGCGGAGAUUGCCAUGAUGCAGGAAGGCGAGCACACGGUCACCUCUAACAGCUCUGUUAUCCAUCGUCUCCCGGGUCAUGACAACCUAUAUGAUGACCCAUACCAGCCGGAGAUGGAGCCCCAGAGUUCAUCAUCAGCUGCCCGACGCCGUGCCUACUGCCGCAAUAGAGACCACUUUGCCACCAUCCGUACGGCUUCCCUGGUGACGCGCCAGAUCCAGGAGCACGAGCAAGAUUCAGCACUGCGGGAUCAGAUGAGCGGCUACAAGCGGAUGCGCCGUCAGCACCAAAAGCAGCUGCUGGCGCUGGAGAACAAGCUGCGUGCUGAGCUGGACGAGCACCAGCUGCGCCUCGACAAGGAGCUGGAGGCCCACCGCAACAACUUCUCCGCUGAGGCUGAGAAACUGGCCAAGAAGCAUCAGGCUAUUUUUGAGAAGGAGGCAAAGGCAGCCCUGACUGAGGAGAAGAAAUUCCAGCAGCACAUCUUGGGCCAGCAGAAGAAGGAACUGGGCAACUUGCUGGAAUCCCAAAAGCGCCAGUAUAAGCUACGCAAGGAGCAGCUCAAAGAGGAGCUGCAGGAGAACCAGAGCACACCCAAGCGGGAGAAGCAGGAGUGGCUGCUAAGGCAGAAAGAGAACAUGCAGCAUUACCAGGCUGAGGAAGAGGCCAACCUUCUGCGCCGCCAGAGGCAAUACUUUGAGCUGCAGUGCCGCCAGUACAAGCGCAAGAUGCUGCUCGCGCGCCACAACCUGGACCAAGACCUGCUACGAGAGGAGCUGAACAAAAAGCAGACACAGAAGGAUCUGGAAUGCGCUAUGCUGCUACGCCAGCACGAGUCCACCCAAGAGCUGGAGUUCCGUCACUUGCACACCGUCCAGCGCACCCGCACGGAGCUCACCCGCCUGCAGCACCAAACGGAGCUCUCCAAUCAGCUGGAGUACAACAAGCGCCGUGAGCAGGAGCUACGCCAGAAACAUGCCAUGGAGGUCCGGCAGCAGCCCAAGAGCCUCAAAGUAGGUGCUACCUACACACCGCCUUGCUGCCAGUGGUGCCCUGAAGGGCAGGAUGUGGGGGUUCUGGAGCCAGAACAGGGGCACCCGGGGGUCAUAGGAAUGGACAGAUGUGAGGCUGGAGGUUUAGCUUCUGUACAGGAACAACAGGGUGGGCCACAUCCAGAUGGUUAUGAGACUGGGGAUCAAAAACUUUGGGUAGAUGCAGAAUCUGAAUGUCUGCUCACUGGGCCCCUAGACCCAAGAGGACACAAAGCCGCUGUUCUGGAGGCGGGCAGCCCGUUUUACGAUACUCUGGGUCAGUCCAAACAUGUUAGAGAGGUUCUGGAGGCCACUCAGGGCGGUGGUGAUGAUGUUGUAGGCUCCAGGAUUUCACGUCCGGUUCUCUUAAGGAAGUGUGCAAGUGGGAUGCCAGAGCCAAAGGAAGAGCCUCCCAGGCAUGAGGCUGCAGAGUAUGGACUCGAUGAGGAUGACUUAGAGCUGGAAGCCGAGUGUAUUGAACCGGACUGGUUGCAAAAGGGGGGUCUGGAUCUGGAUGAGCAAAGCAUGGCGAUUUUGGUGUCGGGAUCAAGGCAUUCUGGAAACGUAGAGCAAGACUGGCAAUGCCUGGCAGAUGCCAUUCCAGCUGGUCAGGAGGCUGCAGUUGUGGAACUGAGGCAGAGGUGCCUUGGGCUGGACGGGAAAGACAGUGAGGUUCUAGGUCUCGGUAGCAAAGAAGGCCAGAUUCUAGGUUUCCGUGGAGCGAGUCUGGAGCAGCUAGAGCUGUACAAAGAGGAAGUUGUGGAUCUAGAACUAAAGCCAAAGUUUCUUGGGGCACUGGAGCAAUACAGAGGAGGUUCUGAGUUUCUGCCAGGCGCCCGGGGACGCCCAGGUGUUCCAGAGCCUGAUGGGCAAGAGACUGAUCAGCUAGAUCCAUUCAGGUGUGAAGCUCUCUUAUACCCCAGUUCCUUAUCUCCCAUCUUGGAAGAGGGCUCCCUGCGACGCCCCGGUGAUGGCUGCCCAGCCCCUGAAGAUUUCUACAAUCAGCACAGCACCAGCAAAGCUCGCCCUCUCUCCCCUCCAGUGGCAGCAGUUCUGCCUCAUGUCCUCUGCGCGGCCUUGGCACUCUUGGUCUCUGCCUAUCCGUGUGCCCCAACUCUCCUUCUCCUUCUAGCUGCUCUGUGGGCCCAGGGUGGAGGGUUUCAGGACAUUCUUCUGGCCCUCGAAGGAGCACUGGUGGGCCUAGGGGUCACUUACACCCUACUGCACUCUGUCUUCCUCCUCUCCGGAGCCUCCUUCCUACUUCUGGCCAAAAUGGCCGGGGCGGUUGGAGUGGUAGGGCUGAGUGCCAACAGGGGGCGUCUCUACGUCCCCGUCAUCCUCCUGGCUUCCUAUCUUUUAGCCUCUCCCUGGCUUUUCCUGCCCCUCUACCUGUUGGGGGCGAUAGCGAGGCGUAGCCUGAGAGGCUUUCCCCGCCGGGCCCGGCGCUUUUGGCUUCUAAUCCUCCUGCGUCUCCCACGCCCGGCUUUCCGCAUCCUUCAGCACUUGGGGCUGGUCAGCGAACGAGGCCUGUUCCGCCUCUUCCCCAAAACCAACAAAGGCGGCUUCCGUAGCCGCAUCCCCGUGCUGUCCCGCCAGCGCCUGCCUCCGCUUCCUUGGCACCGCAAGGCCGUUGCCCUCUUUGCCAAACCCAUCUGUCGCCUCAACAAGCUUCUGGCGGAGGUGAUCUGUGCUCAGUUGCCCCCAGCUGCCCUGAAGUGCCUCAAGGGCCUGCGCGUCCUGCGUGAGGACAGACCUAGCCAUAUCCCCCGCCUGGUGGCCCAUGGGGCCAAGCUGAGAGGACAUUCCGUGGGGUCAGCCAGGCAGGCCAUUAGAAGAAGUCGUGGGCAGGCAGCUCAGCGUGCCCGGAAGCCCUGGAGAUAAGCCUCCCUCGGUUGGGUGUGACUUGCCAAACCCUAUUCUGAAACUGUGAAAAUACUCUUUGGCCAGUUCCAGUGAAGCCCUGCCCCAUGGCGUGUGAUACAAACACAGUUUGGGCAGAGCCGAUCAGUGUUUACUACUGGAGUUCCUACUUUCCAUGCAAGCGGCAGUGUUGGGGGGAGGUUGCCAAUAUGGGGGCAGAGAAAAAUGAGCUGUUGAGGAAAGGUGAAUGGAUGUCUUAAUGCCAAGGGCCUCUUGCCCCAGAUGGUGGGGGGGAAUACUUGAGGGGUGGAAAAAGACUUUUUGUUGUUGGGGAAGUGAGUGGAAAGGUGCCAGCUCCUUGGGUUUUUUACAGUUUGGGGGGGAUGGGGUGAGGCGUUGUUGUGUGUUCAUUAUCCUAACGAGGAAAGAAUCACCUGACGCCCUCAAGAGCUGCCAGUGUGGGUGGGCUGGAUAUGUCUCCGCCCACUUAAAUGACUAGUUCUGAUUGCGGGGCGGGGGGAGAUUGGGAGAUGUAGGUGAAACCACGGUAUCAGAUGUACAUGCUGUAGCAUGAUCUGUAAAGUUGAAGUAGACAGGCCUGAGGCCACCCUCCCCCCUCCCAAGUUGUUGGAUUUGGGGAGUGGAGGGGGGCACAGGUUUGCACGGCACUCCACCGUUUGCAAGAAUCCUCUUUGAAAACUUCGGGUGCUGCUGGUUUGACCUUAACCCUACAUUGAAUAGGGAGAGUCCAUCUUACGUUCCAGCCAACAUAAUUGCAGACCUCCCCAAAGAUGAAGAGGCUGUUAGGGCUUAAUGCACAAUCAUUAAAAUUUAAAAGAUCAGCAUCUGAAUCCCAUUUGAAUCUACUUCUCUACUCCCACCACCUUCCGCAUGAUGUGCCCCUUAUUCAGUUGUUCUGGAAAUGUAUAAGACGAAAGGGUGCCUGUGUCUUAAGAACUCAGACUCUUCCCAGUUUCUGAGGGGUUAAAUCAGUUGUAGGUGAUUCUUUCGCCGUUCCCAUAUAUAUAUAUUUCAUCAUUUUAUAAAUAUAUAUAUUUUAUCAUUUUCCACCUUAUUUGUAAUAUCCCUUUCACUUCAUUUUUUUUGUUUUGCCUUGAAUGUAUAUAUUUCAAGCUGACUUUGUGUUUGUGUAUGUUUGUGACCUUUUUUUUGUAAAUUUUAUAUAAAAGCAUUUUUUGUGGAGAGGAGGAAAAGAAGCAAAUGUUGAUGUGUAUUUUCAUAAUUUGACUGAAAAUGGGAGAAAUCCACUAACUAUGCAAUUGCUCACUUUAAAGCAGGAUGGGCAAAUCAGUAUUUUCUUUUAUGUGGUUGAAAAUGAGAAGCUUUAAAAGACCACAUGCCACAAAGCGGGGGGAGGCCGGGAGCUGCAUUUUCUUUCCUUUGAGGCAGUUGUUCCCCUGUGCCAGGAAAGCUCAUGACAGAAAAUAUAAAACACUUUAUUUUGGAUUAAUGUCUCUGCAAGCAUGAUUGCAUACAAACUCUUAAGUUAGCAUUACAAAUAAAUUUCUUCAGCCAUGUUUAAAAAAAAAACCACCCCAAAACAUUGCUGCCCCGUUGACUGGAAUUCCAACACUUUGCAUGUCUGGAAACUCUUAAUCUACCAGAAUUGAAAAAUAUUGGAAUUGCAAGUAAGUGAAGUGAUCAGACAAGUGAAAUGUUUAGAUUCUAUUCUUUACAGCUUGAUAAAGUGCAGAGGGGCGCUGAAUUGUGCUUUAGUUGAGGCCUGGAGCAUCUAGGUCCCCCCCCCCCCCUUUAGCCUGAGGUGGCAGCUGCAACAGCUUGCUGCUUAGCAGCCCAUGAUUUAGAUGCCUUCUCUUUUCAUGCAAGCAGCAGCCAUGUAACCCCCAGGACUCCUGCAUUCCUGUGCUGAUUGUAAUCCUGCCAGUAAAAGCGUUACCAAACAAAUUUUCUUUCCAAUCAGGCAAGCAUCAAAACACUAGAGAACAGACUGUAUAACUACUUUUUGUUACUGGGCUUGCUUUUUCUUUUAGAAUAUUCACUUUUAUUUCCUAUUUUAUUCAUAACUAAUGCACUAACAAAUUGGCAAAAAGAUUGCUAAUUUACUUUCUUUUUACUCAAAUUGGGAGGGUCAAUCUUGAGCGUUUCUCAGCAAGUCUUACCUGAGCUGAGAUAAUAAAAUCCUGCUUAUUUUAACUAAGUGCUCUGAGAUUGACAGGCAUGGCUAGGGAGUUUUUAGGGGGAGGUUGUGUCCCUUCUUAUUAAUUCUUUAUCUGUUAAACACCUUGAAAUACCCUGAUCUGGAUAGUCAAAUCACAAGAGAACUAUUUUCUACAUAUCUGGUUGCUGAUGUAUUUUUCUUUUCCAUUUGUAUUUCUGUUCAUUUUCACAGCUUUUAUUAGUCUGACAGUGUUAUCACAUCUUUUUUUUAACCUUUCUGAGGUUAUCCCUUUAGUUUUAAUUCCACUUUAUUCAUCCAUGUUUACUGUGUUUCUGGAUUUUAGACCCAUUUCUGCAUUCGGUGUAUCAUUGUAUUUCUCCCUUUUUUUGGUUCACAUGUGUUCUUUUAUUUAUUCCAGUUUUGUUUAUCCAUGGACUUUUUUUUUGGCAUUCCUCUGACUUUUUGGCCAAAUUUGUUCUCAGUACUGAUUCUGUUUUGUCCAUUUAAUAGUGUACUUGUAUUUCCCUCCUCUCCCCCCUUUUUAGCUAUGCCUACCCUCCUUCCAUUUUUUAAAAAAAAUUCUAUUAAAUUUUUUUUAUUUAUUUCUCCCAUUUUGAGGAGGCAGGUGUUUUAUCUGUGGUUUAUUUAUUUAUCCCUUCCAUGUUUGUGGAUGCAUGUGAAAUUUUGAAGAGAAAAUAAUAAUAAUAAUAAAAGAAAAAAAAAUCUGCACCACAGUUCACCAUUGCUGUA